GCGGAUCGAUGAACCACGAAACGCUGGCUCCCGUUCAAUAAAUUUUUCUUGGUCAAUAACCGUUCUCAACCAUCAAAAGAAAUACAUGAUUGACAGGGCCCGAGAGAAAUAUUCUCGUUUGUCCGGCUGCACAAAUGUCGGGGCUUAUCUUAGCCUCGUGUUCAGCCUAUUUUAAGCCUCGUUUCGCGUGCGCGUGCAAAUCGGAUUCCUUGCUAGUGUCCUUCUCGGCCAUGUCUGUCUCCGGCUAGUACAAAAGUUAUCAGGGGAGGAAAGGGGGAGGAUGUCCAGCAGAAAAUAUUAAGCCUCGACGAGGAAUGCCGCCGUUUUCGAUCUCGUCGUCCGUUCCUAUUCAUCGAUAUCGGUCCGGAAACUUCAUGGCUGUCAACUCGUCGAGUGUUUAUCGUCUAAAAUUUGAAGCUGCCUGAGUAUCGAGAUCCUGUCGCGAUCCUCUCCCGACAGAGAGGUGAAAGAUUUUUUUUUCUUAAAAAAAAAAAAAAAAGAGAAAAGAAAAUUGUAGGACAUACCAGUCGAGCACUGCAGAAGAGACACUCUGGACCAGAGACAAUGCCACGAUUCUUCCCGGCCAGAACCUGCCUUAUUCUCCUAGUUCUCUUUGCCCUUGCUCACGGAGGCCCCGUUGGAGCUCCCGCUGGAGGCUCACCUGGAAAUGGCCCUCUCGGCUCCUCUCCAGGCGGACCGCAAGGCCCAGUCCCCGUUGGCGCUGGCGGAGAUUCCGACGGAGCCAAACCUGCUGCCAACCCCUUUCAGAACCUCUAUCGAGGCGUGAAUACCACUCUAGCUAUCCUCAGUGCUGUGUUGAUGACAAUGACAUACGCUGUGUUGAUUGGACCCGGCACGAGGCUGUCAAGCACCAGUAAGAUUCCACUGGGCGCCAUCAGAACGAAUAUUGGCAAUCUUCUCUCUCGUACCUGGCCUGAUAUGAGCACGUCUUCGGAUACGACCGCCACGGGGAAGUCUGUUAAGUCGACGGACGGGGACUCUAUCAGGCUGUUCUACGUCGGCAAGCUAGAUAACGACGGCGGUGAUGGAAGGACAGCUAGAGGAAUAGAAGAUUGCGAGGGCCUUCCCAAGACGAGGAUCCAGACUCCGCCAAUGUGGCUGACUGCCGGCUCGUCGCUAACGAAAAGCAUUGUACAAGUAGCCAUUUGGGAAUGGGUCUGCUUGUGGAUGGUCCUGGCCAUGAUUAUCGCAACGCUGAUGUAUAACGGUUUCCUCACGAAACAGAAAACUCCGGAUGCCUAUCCCCGACUUGUCGUUGCGAUUAUCUACUUUACUGCCUUUGGCAUUCAUGCCUGGUAUGUCUGGAAGACGUGCAGAAGCUUCUUCACGCUCCUGGGCGCCGGCGCGACCUGGAGUUUGCUGAAUAAGGCUUCUUUUGCUUCGGUUGACCUCGGCCAGCUUAAAGCAGGGAUUUCGGGAGGCACACCGCCUGUUUUCAGGAAGAUCGGGAAACCUGACACUAGCCCUAACUUUCCUCCAUAUGAAAACUGUCGUUUGAAGGAGACCAGAGCUUUGAAAAGUGCCGAUCCUACCGAGACCUCUGCGACUCCCGCUGAGGAAGACGAGGGCGCUGUGAAUACCGUGACACGCUGGCAGAAGCAAGAAAUUUCGUCUACCGUGCAAGCAGCUAGCGUCGCUCUAGAGAGAGUGAUUACGAACGUCGUGUCAAUCGUGGGUAUCACCAUCACGACUGGAUUUGCGACAUGGACAACGAUUUCCGACGGCGGGGACAGUACUACACAGCUCGGUUCGCUGGCUCUCCUUGCUUCUCUCACAAUCGGGUCUGGAGCGAUGUUCAGCAGUGCCAUCGAACUCAGCGUUAUGGAAACAUCCUUCCGAAAUGUCCUCUUCUACAAGGAGGUCCUGAUUAACAGGCAGGCUACAGCACACGUACAGAAACGAGCUAAAAAGAAGGAUGUUGUUGGGUUCACGCAUAAUACGGUGGAUAUGAAAACGGUCGGAGUCCUAGAACUGGCUCGUUUCACGAAGCUAUGGGCUUUGAUCAUAUUUGGUCCUGCAUACGCACUAUUACCUAGUGAACAGGACCACUUCAGACAGUCUGUUGGCGCGGAUUUCGAAGUUUGCAGCACCGUGAGGGACAAGCAGGUGUUGCUAACGACAGCAGCCACUACUGAACGCCAGGCACACACUGAUGACGGUAAUUUCGAGUCAAUUAACGUCUGUUUCCUUGCGAACAGGGACUGGAGAUCCCCCGGGAGUGCAACUUCAUUGGAAACCACGGAACCCCACGUCCUCAGCAAGACGGUAUAGGCGUGCCUCGUCCUUGGUUUCCUUCAAAAAAAAAAAGUCCCAUGAUGCGUAUCCAUACAGUAUCCUCCUAUAAAUCCGCUUUCCGCUCCCCGUUCACGAGUUCCGUCUGUGAGCCGGUUUUCAAGAACAAAACGCUCAUGCUAAGUCCAUGCUUCGGCCACUCACGACGAUACGACUGAUAUCGAAACGCGCCUUUUGGUUCCAUGUCUGUCGAAGGAUGGCGAUCAACAAUCGUUGAUCCCCCGCUUUCCGUAAUUUUUUGGUGGUUCACCCCAUUGCGUUCAAGCUCACACACAGCCAAUGUUGACAGCUUGAAAGAUGUCCCGGGCGGAACCUCUUUGCCCAAAGCCAAGGCCAGCUCUUGUCGAUCACUCUCCGUCAUCUCGUGUCUUACAAUCGAGUCGUUUAAAAGAUCCUCACGCCCCGCCUGAAUAAACACAUCCCGGAUGUGUGGUUCCAUUUCGUCAUCCCAAUGAAACUGGGUGUACCGAUCACCUAUUCCCGGGCCUAUAUAUGCAGAAAUAUCAUUCCUGUCCGCUCCACAUGCGACCAUCGCAUUGACCGUAUUUGAAACCACUCCUCUGACCAGCGGUUUCCAACCAGCAUGCGCGAGACCAAUCACUCCCGAUUCCGGCGCAUAUAGGAAUAUCGACGGGCAAUCCGCGCCCUGCACUCCAAGCACAAACUGAGGCGACCUGGUAACUACCCCAUCAUAAGUCACCGCCUUCGGUUCGCUACUACUAGAACUCCUCUCGACGGGCAUAAUUCCUCCCGUACGCUUGUUGGAAAUCCAUUCAAAGUCUUCCGCUAAGAUGGCGUGUCCAGAAUGGGGCCAGCCUCCAUUCGGCCACGUUAAGCGCCGAGAGUCAAAUCCGAGCUGGGUCGCAAGACAUUUCAAAUUUUGCGCAAAAUAAUCCGAGUGGUCGCCGCCAUCGCCUGUAGUUGGCGGUGGGCGAAAGGAAAAGCUGUGGUUUGCUUCAAGCGAUGUUCCCUUACCCGUAAAGGCAGCGCAAAUUCGACGGUGAGAGUCAAGCCCGGAGGCGUGGUAUAUUGGAGAAAUCAUGAGUAUCGAUGUAGCUCUCAUUUGGCCUUUCUGGCAUGUAUAAAGGUUUAAGAAGAAAAUAGGGUCGAGUUCGUAUAAACGUUGCGGGGUAAAGUUGCCCUUCUUUUGCUUUGGCAUUUGCGUUGGCUAGUUAAAUGCGCAGAUCAGUGGUUAGGGAGUUUGGUUCGCCAUUUCAGUCGCUUUCACGCCCCUUAAGGCAUCCCUGCAGCAAUCCCCUGUUCCUGAAGCGUGCGGAAGCAGCGUGAUGCAUCAUGGGCGGCAAAAAGUUCAAGGAUGCGACCAACACAGACGUUAGAAGUUCUGAGUCAGGCAAGGAGUCAUGUGACUGGGACCUGAUGUCGAGAUGCGCACGAGAAACAUUCAAAUGCAACUAGAAUCGCUAUGCCUCUAUACGUAAAAAGCACCCAUGCCUCCCCGGGGAUGAAGAUACACAAGUCUAUGUUAUUACGAGCCUGGCCUUCUCAGUCUGGGGUUCAUCAUCUUCAUCAUCCUCUUCCUCCUCGUCAGACUCCUCUUCAUCAUCCUCAUCCGUGCUUUCUUCCUCUUCCUCUUCAUCGGUUUCUUCCUCCGUGCUGCCUUCUUCUUCGUCAUCUUCUUCCUCUUCCUCCUCGCUCUCAGCCAGCCAGUCAUCCAGCGUCAAGUUUUUACUCCGACCGGCCACUGCGCCGCCAUUCAGUUUACUUCCAGAAGCCGCAGCUCCAUCAUGCUCCUUCAAUGCCCGGUCUAAUCGCUCGCCAGCCGUGAUGUAACCCUUCUCACCAGCCUCACCCCUGACUUCUUCCUCUCUGAGCCUUGGAUCCGGUUCCUUGCCAGGUUCUACCCAGUCUGGUAAGGACUCAUAACCCUUCAGACCAUGGACACCCGCAUCAGAACCUAUGACAAGCGUGGCCGAGCCGAGAAGGAAGUCUUUUCUCGAUUCAGAGGGCGAAGGGGUGUGAGGAACUGGUUUUGGUGCAAGAAGGAGCAGGCUGGCCAGCUCCGUGGAUGCAGGAUUUUCCAGAAGAGCCUUAAAUAGUCGAGCUCGAUCUCGAAGAUCAUAAGACGUAUCGUAGCGAACCAGGAGAAGGAUAUAUCGCCAGAGAGUUGUGAUGGUGUCCUCCUGUGGGGCACUCUCUUCGGGGCUGUUGGCGGCUUCCGAUUGUUCCUUAGGCUCUUCGCUUGACUGGGCAGGUUCUUGGGACUUUGCCUUAUUUAAAAGAUGAUGGAGGUAUACCUUAGCCCCUAGUAGGAGAAUUUGUUGCUUCGCCGUUUCAGAUUCGUCUGCAAACCCCUUGGCUAGGACCCUCAAAACGUCAGGUGCUAUAUUAUU